AUGGAUUUUGGGUAUAUACUACGAAGUGUUACGUCUCUUGGCAUCAAUUACGGACAAGUUGGUGACAAUUUGCCUUCACCUGAUAAAGUUAUUAACCUCUUGAGAUCUCUAAGGAUCAACAAAACAAGAAUAUACGACACAAAUCCUCAAAUUCUUAGUUCCUUUGCAAAUUCAAACAUAGAGAUCAUCGUCACCAUCGAAAAUCAGGUCUUAACGUUGUUACAAGAUCCUCAACAAGCUCUUCAGUGGGUGAAUUCUCACAUCAAACCCUAUAUACCGGCCACAAGUAUCACCGGAAUCAUGGUCGGAAACGAGCUUUUCACCGACGAUGACUCUAGUUUAAUCGGAUACAUGAUGCCAGCAAUGAUCAACAUCCACAAAGCCUUGUUCCAGUUAGGUUUAGACAGAUACAUUCAAGUCUCGUCUCCAAGCUCUCUCGCCGUCCUAGCCGAAUCUUAUCCUCCAUCAGCCGGAAGUUUCAAGCCGGAGGUUACCUCCGUGAUGCAACAAUUUCUACAAUUCUUGCAAGCCACGCGAUCUCCUUUUUGGAUCAAUGCUUACCCUUAUUUUGCCUACAAAGACAACCCUAACACAAUCCCUAUCGACUAUGUUCUAUUCAACCGUAACGUCGGCAUGAACGAUCCCAGCACAGGUCUGCAUUACGACAACAUGAUGUAUGCUCAAGUUGAUGCGGUUGCAUUCGCUGCUGCGAAACUAGGGUACCGUAACAUAGAAGUUAGGGUUGCAGAAACAGGGUGGCCAUCCAAAGGAGAUGCUGGAGAGAUUGGAGCGUCUCCUUUGAAUGCUGCCACGUAUAUAAAGAAUCUUAUGAUGAGACAGUUAGCCGGAGAAGGGACUCCGGCAAGACGGAGUUCCAGGCUAGAGGUUUAUAUAUUCGCAUUGUUCAAUGAGGAUAUGAAACCUGGUCCUAUUUCGGAGAAGAAUUAUGGAAUAUUUCAACCAGAUGGAUCAUUGGCUUACGAUUUGGGACUCUCCACGAUGUCUACUACUACAACUGCGACUUCAAAAUCUGUCACCUAUUCAUCUUCUGCCACUAAGGCAAAGUCAACCUUGAAGUAUUGGACAAUUUUGAUAUUGGCGAUGAUUGAAAUUGUAAAGUCGAGACUGUUUUAGAGGGAAAGUUAUCGAGAAUAUAUAAUAAGGCGAUUGGUUAGGAUAGUUA